UUUUUUCACAUGCACUUCCUCUUUAAACCCUGAAGACUCAGUAUUCGUCUUCAAUUAUUCCUCCUUACAUGAAGAAAAUGGUGACACCUUCCUCAAUCUCUCCUCCUCUUAUUUCCCUUAGGAUUUAUCACCUCCUCCUCUAUCUUUAAGCAGUUUCUUUAUUUAGGAUUCUUCUUUUUUUUCCCCUUCUCUUUUAUUCCAUAUUCAUCUUGGAUCUUUCGUUUUCUUUAUGGGAGCUGGUUUCUCUGGUUUUGCUUUGGCCAGUAAUGGAGAUCCUUCUCUACUAAGACCCAGUCUUGAUGAUGUGCCGGAGAGUUGUGUCUCUUCUAUUCUUAUGUACUUGGAUCCACCGGAGAUAUGUAAACUGGCCGGGUUGAACCGGACCUUCCAUGGCGCUUCUUUAGCCGAUUUGGUAUGGGAGACAAAGUUGCCUUCAAACUAUAAGUUUCUUGUUGAGAAAAUUUUACAAGAAAGUCCAGCGAGUUUGAGCAAGAAAGAGAUUUAUGCGAGAUUGUGUCACGCUAAUUGCUUCGAUGGUGGCACCAAGCAAGCUUGGCUGGAUAAGAGUAGCGGCAAGAUUUGUCUGUCGGUUUCGUAUAAGGCAUUAAGAAUUACUGGGAUAGAUGAUCGAAGAUAUUGGAAUCAUAUUCCAUCUGAGGAAUCCAGGUUCAAUACAAUUGCAUAUCUUCAACAAAUUUGGUGGUUUGAAGUAGUAGGAGAAAUGGAGUUUGAAUUUCCACCAGACACAUACACUCUCUCCUUCAGACUCCAAUUAGGCAAAGCUUCAAAAAGAUUUGGCCGACGAAUAUGUAAUAUCGAUCAAGUUCAUGGAUGGAACAUAAAACCCGUUCAAUUUCAGCUAUCAACGUCGAGUGGCCAGCAAGUUUCAUCAGAAUGUUAUUUGCAUGAACAAGGAAAUUGGAUUUACUACGAUAUAGGUGAAUUCACAGUAGAGAAACCUCACACGCAAAUAAAGAUAAAAUUUUCGAUGAUGCAGAUCGAUUGUACGCAUCCUAAAGGUGGCGUAUGCCUGGAUUCUGUGUUCAUAUGCCCUAGUGAGUUGAGCCAGAAAUUAAACCAAAAUUAAGCAGUGAAAAAUAUAAAUAUGUUGAGGUGGUUGGUAAUAUACAGAGUAUAUGUAGAUAAGGAGAUGACCUUCUUUUUUGGUGUUUCUCUGCAUGUACAAACAAAUAUAGUAUCAUGUAAUUAGCUUGCUAGGUUUUUUUUUUAAAUUUUUUUCCCUCUUCUUAUAAAGCAGUUUGAUUAUUUUAUUUUUCUUUUCCAAUUCAAAAUAAUUCGAUUAGGAUUUAAGGUGACUUAAUUUAAUGACUAAAAAAAUAUCACUGAUGAUAUCAGGUUUGAGUA